AUGUCCUCCCCAAGAACAAUCGCCAUCAUCGGUUCCGCAAUUGCCGGCCCAACCCUCGCCCUCCAAAUCCUCUCCCACCCCAUCCUCCGCCGCACCUUUACCCCAAUCCUCUUCGACUCAUCCCCUUCUCCGUCAGACUCUGGUUCUCGCGCCGGCGCAACAGUCGGUUUAUUUGCCAACGGUCUCUACCCACUACAUCGUCUUGGUCUCGAGUCUUCAAUCAAGACACAAGGCUUUGAGUGUGGUGCACUUUCGACAUGGAGCUGUGAUUACGAUGGUGAGGUUGAGAGGUUGAAUUCGCUGGGUGAUGCUAUGUGGAGUAGUGAUCUUCAAACGGGUGUUGUCUACUUUGAGAGGUGGGCUUUGCAAAAACUGCUGGUCGAAAAGGUGAAAGAACUUGGUGGUGAAGUGAAUUGGGAGAAAAAGGCCGUUAAGUUCACAUCCCUCGACGAUGGAACCAUGAAGGUCGCGUUUGAGGACGGGACAAAUAUCACGACAGAUCUCCUCAUCGGUGCUGACGGAGGGUACUCUGGUGUCAGAAGAUUCAUCCUCAAUCAGAGAAAUAAGGCCACCGCCGAGGAGAGAUGGCUGCCCGACUCUAUGGGUCUAACCGGCAUCUACGGCGUAUCUACCAGCGAGCAAGCAUCAUCUUCAACAGCCAAGUUCAGCGAAUCCCAUCUCAUGUUACUCAACAACGGCUUUCUCGCCACGGGUCCUUGUCCCCAAGGCAGAACACGUUGGGAUCUCAUCCUCCCCGAGGUUUCACCCCCUUCAUCCUCUUCGCCAAUCGAACCCAACCUCAAACCUGACGCAGAGCCAUGGCAAUCUUCAAUACUCCCAAGUCAAUACCCCCUCGCCUCAACAGUCGACAUUCUCCGACAGCACCGCAACGUCUUCCACCCCUACGCAGGCAGCCUCGAAGCCCUUUUCUCAUCCGCAGAUCGCAUAAUCCGCACACCCCUCCGUCAACGCAUAUGGAAACAGGACGAAAUCCAAUGGGGAAACGUAGCUCUUAUAGGAGACGCAGCACGUCUAAUGCUACCGACAAGUGGUCAGGGAACAGGCUUCGCCAUCGAAGAUGCCACAGUGUUAGCCAGAUCACUACUCAAGCACGCAACUACAGAUACAAAGACCGGUAUUAGAGUCGCGUUGGAGGAGUAUGCAAGAGUUAGGGAGCCGAGAUCCAAGAAGAUGGGUAGUCUUGCGGAGGUGGCGGCGACGUGGAGUACCAGCAAGUCGUGGUUCUGGAGGGGAUUAAGAUAUUACGGGUCAAGGUGGCAGCGCGACAGACCAGAGUCAAGGGGAACGGGCAAAGAUACCUGGCCGUUCAACGAGAGAAUUGAUGUCGACGAUUCACCCAAGUGA